CUUCUCAAUUGCGCCUGUGACGUGUCCUUGUCAUGUGACCAGGCGGUCAGAUAAAAACCGGGCAAAGAUCCGCCCCCACGGUGAUUCUGGUCAGUCCCAUUCGUCGGGUUCCGCGCGCAGCCUUCACUCCAAACAUCCGAAAGCUCCAAGCAUAUGGAAAUAGAAGCGGGGCUUUCUCUCCGGCGCGCGCUCACCUCUCCUCCUCUUCAUCACAUGAGUUUUUGACGCGCAUCCCACCGUCCUCCUCCUCCUCUGGCGUCGGGACGCACCGCCGUGAGCGAGCCAUGACUCUGAGCGCAGAGAUGUCGGAUGCCUCCAUCCUCUCGGAAGAGACCGACAUCGACGUGGUCGGGGAAGGCGAAGACGGGGAGCACCAGGUGGCGGAUGAGGUGGCGCAGAUGCACGACGGCAUCCUGCUGGCCGGCUCCCCAUCUCCGUGUCUGGACAGCUCCGCCUCCUCCAGGGAUGCCUACAAGCCGGCGGGUAAGAACACCCUGGUGAAGCCCCCGUACUCCUACAUCGCCUUAAUCACCAUGGCCAUCCUGCAGAGCCCCAAAAAGCGCCUGACCCUCAGCGAGAUCUGCGACUUCAUCAGUAACCGCUUCCCUUAUUACCGGGAGAAGUUCCCCGCCUGGCAGAACUCCAUCAGACACAACUUAUCCCUCAAUGACUGCUUUGUCAAGAUUCCGAGGGAGCCCGGGAAUCCCGGGAAGGGGAACUACUGGACUCUGGACCCGGAGUCGGCUGAUAUGUUCGACAAUGGGAGCUUUCUGAGGCGCAGGAAACGCUUCAAGCGCCAGCAGGCGCAGGACCUGCUGCGGGAGCACAACGGCUUCCUCCCCGCCGCUGCGUACGGUUACGCACCGUACGGCUGCGGCGGAUACGGCCUGCAGCUGCAGUCCUACCACACACACUCUGCGCUCUUUGCUUUCCAGCAGCAGCAGCAGCACUCCAGGCAUUCACACGCAGGAACCAUUAUCCCCUCACCUUCUCUGAUGCCCCCCAGCACGGACUUAUCCAGAAGUAGUCGCUUUUACCCCCAGCUGGGCUCCAGUCUGGGUUCCUCCGGCGCGCAGGCUGCGUCCCCGGCGCACAAGUCCGGCUCCCCGGCGCAGCGCUCCCCCUUCUCCAUAGAGAGCAUCAUCGGAGGCUCGCUCAGCCCCUCCCGGACUUCUCCGGUGAUUGUCCCGGUCCUACCCUCUUCCUUGGGUCAGCCGCAGACGGUCCACCCCGGAGCGGUUUUACACCCGGUCGAAAACUUUCCGGGCAGAGUCGCCGGCGGCACCGGCGCCUGCUGAAACAAAACAAACACUAAAAAACUAAACUAAAAACUGACCAAGAAACUUUUGAAAAUCAACAAAAACACAAAAACGCCCCUCUUUGAAGGUAGGAGGAUUUUUGUCUGUUUGUUUGCAGCUGAAUGACGGACAUGCAGAACCCGAUUUGUGCCUAUAUUCAUGCUGUUUAUGACGAUAGCCUCUAUAUUUAUGUUAUGAAUUUCUUUCUCGGUGUGAAUCAGACUUUUUCCUUUUGGAUGUUUUUAUUUUGGUGAUUCAGUCACUGUUUUAGGGCGUCUCAGGAUCCUAAAUGAUCACAUGUUUAAAGGCUAAUUCAUGUACUGGUGUCAAACACAAACAUGUUUUGUAAAAAAAAAAAAUCAAAACUUAAAAGUUUGAAGGUUUUGAUUUGAAUUUUGUAUUAAAAAGAGAAAGAAAAAACAUUUAUAAUAAUUAUAUGCAGUGUGUUCAUUUCAGUAAUAAAACAUUGUACACUUUUGGCAAACAUUGUAACUGAAGUGUGAUAUUUUUACAAUUUGUUUUAAAAUAAAUAUCAUUUUGCAAGAAAACUAUAAAGGAAAUUUAUUGAUUUGUGGGGUUUUUGCGCGCUCGUGUUUGGAUCCGCACUUUUCUGCGUCUUUUUUCUAAAGCUCAGAUAGACUUUUUUUGCGUUUCCAUUUGACCUCUCCCACACUCAUCCUCGUUAAUUACAGUGAGCGGACGUGGAGGGUGUCAGCCGGGUGAGACGGGGCCGCUUUUUGCCAGGUUUACAGCGGUGUUGAUGUCAACAGCUGCGGCCACAUUUGGAGGAAACUCUCCUCCAGCUAAAAUAUUUCAUUAUCUGCUCCCGUUUGACACGUGAAAUUGGGGCCCUGUGGGGUCAGACUUAAAAAUCCACUCAUCAUUUGAUAGUUUUUGUCACAUUUUCCCCUAAAAAAGCCAAACUAAGUGCACAUUUUACGCAAACUCCGGCUUGGUUUUUGCGCUCCCCCUUUGCUGUCACGAUGCUGCACGUCAAGACCCCU